AUGGUUAUACGACAAGAGGUGAAGAAGAAAAAGGAUGCAGAACGACCCCUGUCCAUCUCCAAUAUAGCUAGAAUUGCUGCAUUAAAAAAGUAUACUGAUAAUGACACUGCAAGCUCACUACUCCAUCAGGCUGUCAAACUAGUGGCGCCCAUAAUUCAUAAACAUAACUUUAAAGUUGGUACCUUAUGUGAGAUGUUUCCAAAAAAUCCCAAUUUAUUGGGCUUGAACUUAAAUCGUGGCCAGAAAAUCUUAAUACGCUUAAGAUAUCAUUAUAAUUCCUGUGAAUUUUAUCCUAUAGGUGAUAUAGUGGGCACUCUUUUGCAUGAAUUAACUCACAACUUGUAUGGCAAGCAUGAUCAAAAGUUUUAUAAAUUCAUGGAUGAAUUAAGGGAGCAAUUUGAUCUGGUACAAAUGGGUAACUUUGAAACUAACUACCGCUUUGAAGAGCAGAGGUUGGGCUCGUUGAAUGGGAACUUAAAUUAUGAAUCCGUUAGAGAUAAGAGACUCAAAGCCGUGACUCGAGCAACUUUUAAGUGGGAGUCUAGAAAAUUGGGAUCCACUGGUGAUAGAAUUUCCAAACUCUCAAGGAAUAGAUUGCUGCUUAGAGAAUUAGUCGUGAGGGCGGCGGAAAGAAGAUUGAAUGAUUCGAAAUGGUGCGCGGAGGAGGAAAGCAAUCAUGAUAUUGAGCCUUCGGAUGGAGAUUUGAAAAUUUCAGAAAUCAACUCUUCUGAUCAGUUAAACCCAAGUGAGAAAGGGUCUGUUGAAACUGCAGUCGACAUUGUUGAUUUGACAGACGAUUAUGAAGAUAAGAAUGAAAAAGUAAAAGAUAUAAUAAUUAUCGAUUAA